UUGUUGUGGCGUCUGCCCUCUUGCCCGCCGCCCCUCCCUCGCCCUCUUCUCACCCACUUUGCCCCGUCACGGUCUCCUCCCUCUUUCUCUCCCUUCUUUUCCUUCCAGUCUGCUUCUUUCUGUUGUGCCGUUGGCUUUGGCGAGGGAGCUGGGGGGGUGGGGAGGGAUCUCGCGAUUGUUGGGAUUUUUUUUUUUCCGGGGGGGAGAGUUAUUCGGAAGAUGGCGCCCGUUGUAACGGGGAAGUUUGGUGAGCGAGCCCAACCACAGCGACUGACAAGGGAGGCUAUGAGGAAUUACUUGAAGGAAAAAGAUGAUCAAACAGUGCUCAUUCUGCAUGCAAAAGUUGCGCAAAAGUCAUAUGGCAAUGAAAAGAGAUUUUUCUGUCCUCCACCGAGUGUGUAUCUGAUGGGCACCGGAUGGCAAAAGAAGUUAGAAAAAAUGGAGAAGGAGGGCUGCACUGAGCAGGAGGCCCAGCCUUGUGCGUUCAUUGGAAUAGGCAACAGUGAGCAGGAGAUGCAGCAACUCAAUCUGGAAGGGAAGCACUUCUGCACAGCUAAGACGCUUUAUAUCAGUGACUCUGAUAAAAGGAAGCACUUCAUGCUAUCUGUGAAGAUGUUGUAUGGAAACAGCGCCAACAUUGGAGUCUUCCUCAGCAAGAGGAUCAAGGUCAUCUCCAAGCCUUCCAAGAAGAAACAGUCCUUGAAAAAUGCUGAUUUGUGUAUAGCAUCUGGGACAAAGGUGGCCUUGUUUAACCGCCUGCGUUCCCAGACAGUCAGUACCAGAUAUCUCCAUGUGGAGGGGGGAAACUUUCAUGCCAGCUCCCAACAGUGGGGUGCCUUCUACAUCCAUCUCUUGGAUGAUGAUGAGUCUGAAGGGGAGGAGUUUGCUGUAAGAGAUGGCUACAUUCACUAUGGCCAGACAGUCAAAUUGGUUUGUUCUGUUACUGGCAUGGCCCUGCCCAGACUGAUCAUUCGAAAAGUGGACAAGCAAGCAGCAUUAAUGGAUGCUGAUGACCCAGUGUCCCAGCUUCACAAGUGUGCUUUCUACCUGAAGGAUACAGACAGGAUGUAUCUCUGUCUUUCACAAGAGAGGAUCAUCCAGUUCCAGGCUACACCAUGCUCCAAAGAGACCAACAAGGAGAUGAUUAAUGAUGGUGCUUGCUGGACUAUCAUUAGUACUGACAAGGCAGAGUACACCUUUUAUGAGGGCAUGGGCCCCGUCACCACACCAGUAACACCCGUACCUGUGGUUGAAAGUCUGCAGUUAAAUGGUGGAGGAGACGUUGCUAUGUUGGAGCUGACAGGACAGAACUUCACCCCUAACCUCCGAGUGUGGUUUGGAGAUGUGGAGGCAGACACCAUGUACAGGUGUGGGGAGAGCAUCCUCUGUGUGGUGCCAGACAUCUCUGCCUUUAGGGAGGGUUGGCGCUGGGUGAGACAGCCAGUUCAGGUCCCUGUCACACUGGUUCGCAAUGAUGGAAUCAUCUAUGCCACUGCCUUAACCUUCACGUACACCCCCGAACCAGGGCCGAGACCUCACUGCAGUGCUGCUGGGGCUAUUCUGCGGUCACACAGCACUUCUUCAUCAUGACCUGCAUCCUCAUCCUCACCUUCAUCUUUGAUGGGUGGGCUCGGGGAUGGCCCACGCGGCUUAGAGCAGCAGUGACUCGGGUAUGUCUUCGGGGACUUCAACUAUGUCGGUGCUCUCAUAAUAAAACUCGUUUUGUGGUUGUGUUCUAAGUGACCGAGUGAGAAAAUGUGGACAUUUACUCCAAAGAGGCUCAUGGACCUGUGAAGAAUUGCACAGAAGCAAAGAAGUUCUUUUGGAGGAACUGUGAAACUAUGAGCAGUGCUGGAGAGCUUUGGGGGGGGGACAGCUUCAAAGUCAUUGUGAUAACUGACUCUGUACUGUAUCGCCCUCUUGUGGGUUGUUGUGGACAUAUCGUAGGCUCCACUCAGAGUACGGUGAUAUCCAUGCUCUUCAUGUAAAAGAAUGUGACCUAUCUAACUCCCAUAGAAACAUCAUUUGUAAAAUAACCUUUUUGUUUUUAUAUACUUGGGUGUUUGGAAGUUGCCUUCUCUGUGCUUUCUUACUACCACCAUUAUUUUUGCAGAAAAAGAACGGUUGAUGUAACUGUGUUGAGCAAGGGAAAAUUUGUAAGAGUAACAUAGUUUUUAUUGGACCAAGGAAUAUUAUUAUAUUAUUUUAUUCAUAUUGUAUUUUAUAAGCUUUUUCUGAGGUACAUUUUAUGUAUGAUACACUGCAUAGUAAGUUCAGUUUGUUACCAAUAUAGUUUUUUCGUAUUGUUUCGUAUUGUUGCCUGUUUUGUCUCAAUUGAGUCAAGAUGGAAACAUCGUUUCAUUACAGCUUCUCACCUUUUUCUUCACUUUUGUUCUUUAAAGCUUACUCGCUCGCUGUCAUUAACAGUUCUGUGUGUUGCAAUGAAAAAGAGUCAAUCAGUCUUUUUGUUUUUAAAGAGGCACUUUAGAAAAUGACAUCUCUGUCUGCCUGCAGUUAUUGGCUUGGCUGUUUUACAUUUUCCAGGCCACUGAACAGUUUCUUGUUAAUGUUUUAUAUCAAAGAUGAAAAUUUUAAUGAAUGUAGUGCGCGCGCGCGCGUGUGUGUGUGUGUGUGUGUGUGUGUGUGUGUUUGAUCAGAUGUAAUACACUUUGAGAGUGUUCUCUUUUUAAUGAUCUUGCUCUUUUUGUACUCUGUAUACUCAGUCACAAAUUUAAGCAAGCAGUUUCUCUUGUUUCCGUCUUUCUUUUGUUUCAUUUAAGUGAAGCCUUUUAAAAAGUUUCUCAUCUCUUGCAUAUUUUCAGAGAAUGGCCAAGAAGCAAAUAACGAACAUCAAAACUUUUUUGCCCCGUUGAUGAGCUGAUCUUUAGUUUGGCCUGAGAUUUCAAGGGUUUUAAGUUGAGCUCAUCACGCUCGUGUGUUGGGGGGAAAAAAAUACCAUCUGUGUAGCUUCAGAGCUACAAAGUGCACCAGUUUAUCAUUAGUGUCAAGCUGAAGACACCUGAAAGCAAGCACAGCAGAGCUAACUUACACCAGCAGCUUUGGCUGUGCUUUUGGGUUGUAUGCGAUGGGUUACUUUGUUACCAGCUACUUCAUAAACUGUCUGACGCCCUGUUGAACACUACCUACAGAAUCUGUCUUGCUUAUGUACAAAGAGACAGUAUAUUAUUGCAUUAUGGUUUUAUAUUGUGUAUAUGAUGCUUCUUUCUUCAUGGCAAUAAUAAUUUGUCUGGUACCAGUUACAGUAAAAAUAAGAGAUUGACAGGAAGAAAAGGCUGUGGGUUGGAGACAAAUUCCCAGCCUGAAUUUUUUUUGUUUCAUUCCACGUCUGCCUUGAAUUAAACCUUCCUGAGGCUGUUA